CCGCGCCACCGCUCACACCACCGCGUUCCUCCCCGACCUCGCGGUCCUGGCUUUCCUUCCCCAGCGCCGCGCCCUGGACUCGGUAGGCUCCACGAACCGCGGUCGCCCCUGACUCCUAGCCCUAGAGAGUUCGUGUGUCUGGCUGACUUGGAGGUUACUCCUUCCCCGCCGCUGCCACAGCCAACACCGGUGCCACGCGCCGCUACCGCUGCCGCAGCACCCCAGCCUCCAUCACCGCCAUCACUCGCCGGCCGCCCACCAUGGCCACGGAGCAAACAGGUAGCAGGAAGCGGAAAGCGCCCGCCAUCGAGGGGGCCGCUGCGAGCUCGUCGUCCCAGGGCUUGGCGGCGGCGGCUGGAGGGGGCCCGCUGCUGCUGCCCAAGAAGCGGAAGCGGCCGGUCACGCGGCGCUCGCUGGUGCCCUACCUGAUGGGCCGCGAGGUGGGCGCGCAGGGCCGCGCGGGGUUCCGGGGCUUCGAGGGCAGACUGCGCAGCUACGCGGUGCACAAGCUGCCCGAGCUGCUGCGGGAGCGCGAGCUGGCCCUGGGCACCCUCAACAAGGUGUUCGCGUCGCAGUGGCUGAACGCCAGGCAGGUGGUGUGCGGCACCAAGUGCAACACGCUCUUCGUGGUGGACGUGCAGUCGGGCCAGAUCACGCGCAUCCCGCUCAUGCAGGACCGGGGACCCGAGCCGCCUCGGGCCCAGCCAAGCUGUGGCAUCCACGCCAUCGAGCUGAAUCCCUCCCAGACGCUUCUGGCCACCGGGGGCGAGAACCCCAACAGCCUGGCUGUCUACCAGCUGCCCACCCUGGACCCCGUGUGCCUGGGCGACCGCCAUGGCCACAGGGACUGGAUCUUCGCCAUCGCCUGGGUGAGCGACACUGUGGCUGUGAGCGGGUCCCGCGAUGGCACUGUGGCUUUGUGGCGAAUGGAUCCUGACAUGGUCAAUGGCAGCAAAGCCUCGCACAAUGACGAAGAGCUCCCCGUGUACGCCCACAUCCGUCCAAGGGACAUGGAGACCAUCCCCAGGUCCAGCACCAACCCCAGUAACCGAAAGGUGCGGGCCCUGGCCUUUAAUCACAAGAACCAGGAGCUGGGAGCAGUGUCCCUAGACGGCCAUUUCCACCUGUGGAAAGCCCGCAGCACCCUGUCCAGGCUGCUGACCAUCAGGCUGCCCUACUGCAGAGAGAACGUGUGCCUGACCUACUGUGACGAGUUGUCCCUCUAUGCGGUGGGCUCCCAGUCCCACGUCUCCUUUCUGGAUCUGCGCCAGCGCCAGCAGAAUAUCAGGCCCCUGUGUUCCCGAGAGGGCGGCACUGGUGUGCGCUCGCUGAGCUUCUACCAGCACAUCAUCACUGUGGGCACAGGCCAUGGCUCCCUGCUCUUCUAUGACAUCCGUGCCCAGAAGUUCCUGGAGGAGAGGACAUCACCCAACCUGGACUCCUCCCCAGAGCCCUCAGGGAGGAAGCUCAGGCUCACGUGUGGCAGAGGCUGGCUCAAGCACAAUGACUUGUGGGUGAACUACUUCGGUGGCAUGAAUGAGUUCCCCAACGCUCUCUACACCCACUGCUACAACUGGCCUGAGAUGAAGCUCUUUGUGGCUGGGGGGCCUCUCCCUUCAGGCCUCUACGGGAACUAUGCAGGCCUCUGGAGCUAAGGAUGGCCACUGUGUUCUCCAAGUGCCCAGAUUUUCCCUCUCAUGUUCCUUGGUCAGGCUGUGUUUGUGCUGUUAACUAUAUGUGGCUUUUGUCCUCCACUUGAAACUGCCCAAAUUACCUGUGCUUAGUGUAUUAAGCAGAGAGGGGUGGGGAGAGGGAGAGAGAGCUGUCCUUCAGGCAAUCAAAACUUGGCUUUAAUACUUUUCAACAACCAUUUAACACAAUCAUUUUUAAUUCUUAUACCAAGAUUUUGGGCAAAUUCUUAGCUGUGUCCUCUCUUUAAGUUAUCUAUAAAUUCUCUCUAAUGCCAUGUAGUCAGUUUUACAAUUGUGUGUUUUUUCUUCGUUAUUACUAUUACAUUAAUACUGUUUCUGGUUAUUUUUUCAUUUCAAAUAGACUGUAAUAUUAAGAACAUUUUUAAUUGGGUUGGUACAUCUGUUCUGGAAAGCUAGCCAUAGUUUUAUAGCACUUUUCCAAUUGGAAACUACAUUCCAAGUUCUUCAUUAUCAACUUUUGGAAACAUUCCAUUUGCAAAUUGUAGUCUUAGGGUUUAUAGUUUGUAAAUUGGUGCUAAACGUGCUUUUUAACAAAGUUUAUUCUCUUUGAAAAAAAGAACUGUCCUACAAUCUUGUUUUUGCAGCAAAAUCUGAAUUGGUCAGAACACUUCAGGAAUGCAAGGGUUUUGCUGAUUGGAUUUAAAGAAUUAAGCUAAAAACCUAAUCAAUGUUUUUUUCUUCAACCCUUACUUAAGUUUUUAUGACCUGUUGUAAAAUAGAUAAAUGACAGUGUAUUUUUUCACUUCUUGCCUUAGUACUGUCAAAAAUUCUGAAUAUAUUUGAAUGCUUGUUGUUUAAAUAACUUGCAUAGACUUUCAGUGCCAUCAUUCAAAGCAGGGAUUGUAAGUGUAAAAUUGUAAGCUGGGAAGAAUGUAUACUGAACCAGGUUAUAGACUGGAUAAUUUUUCUGUUGCUAUUUUUAAUACCAAAUAUUAUAUUCAAGCAUACUUUAAAUUUUCCAAUUAUGCUUAGCAGUUAAGUCACAAGAAAAAAAAUGCAAAGAAGAAAUAUAAGCUUAAUCCCUACUCCUUUUGAAAAUAUUCUUAAUUUGUGAAGUCCAAAUUAAUGUUAUUUUGUGAAUUUCAAAGAUUCUUAUGUAAAGUAGAAUAAAUAUAUUGGUAAAAAAGUAGUGAUGUUAUAACCCUCAUGUAAUAACAUACGGUUUUCAAGGGCACAAGACAUUUGUUUCAAGAACUUGAGCUGGUGAUUAAAUAUAAGUGAAAUUACAUUGAAGAAAAGUACUUUGGGGCUCAGAUAAACACAAAUUGUGGCUUGUUAGGAAAUCAGGUUGUACUGCUCUCUUUGAGAAAAUACUGGAAGUGAGAAGGGAGAUUGGACCUUCCUCAAACCUGGCCAGGUUUUGCUGACCUAGGAUUAGUAUUGUGGCGUCUGUUUUUCCUUAAAAGUUUUGACACUCAGAUGCUUCCUUGGUGUCGAUGUACUACAUGCUGUUCAGUUGCAAAUCUGAACCAAGUAAUAUAAUGAUCUGUACUGAAAGUGAGUUUAGAAAUACAGAAAAAGAAGCUUUUGUUUACAGAGAUUGUUUGAACAAGUUUAUAAAGUUGUUAUAUUAGCAGUGAGAUGUAUUUAUGUGCAUGUAUGUGUCUCCAGUUCAGUUGCAUAUGUCUUGAGAGCAGAGACUAUAACUGUCAUCUUUAUAUUCUCUCAUUUCUCUGCUAAUGUCUAGCAAAUCAUUGGCCAUCAGUAAAUAUUUACUGAACGAGUGUGUUUUUUCUCUGGAGAUUUAAAGUUCAAGGCUAUUAAAAAA